GGCGGGGAGGAGCCGCGCGCGCGAGUCUGGCUGGUGUCGCUGCCCCCCGUGCUCCCCCCUCCGUCGCUGACAGGCAGCAGCCGGAGCCACCGGGCGGGCGGGCGGCAGAUAUGAUCUCAAACACCAUGAGUACGUGACUUCAGAAAUGGACAACUGGAUCUAUUAUAAAUUGUGAUUGGCCUUAAGCUGACUUGCAACCACAGAAAAACCUCACAGUAUCUCUAUCUCAUUCCUGCUUGAUACCUGUAUAGUCACCUCACGCCACCAGUUCAAUCAUGUAUGGAAGUGCUCGGUCAGUUGGUAAGGUUGAACCAAGCAACCAGAGUCCUGGGCGUUCACCAAGGUUGCCAAGAUCACCGCGCUUGGGUCAUCGUCGAACCAACAGCACAGGUGGGAGCUCUGGAAGCAGUGCUGGGGGUGGGAGUGGGAAAACGCUUUCCAUGGAAAAUAUUCAAUCCUUAAAUGCUGCCUAUGCCACAUCUGGCCCUAUGUAUCUAAGUGACCAUGAGAACGUGGGUGCUGACACCCCUAAAAGCACCAUGACUCUUGGACGAUCUGGGGGGCGGCUGCCUUAUGGUGUUAGGAUGACUGCUAUGGGUAGCAGCCCCAAUAUUGCCAGUAGUGGGGUUGCCAGUGAUACUAUUGCAUUUGGAGACCACCACCUCCCUCCAGUGAGCAUGGCAUCCACUGUGCCUCACUCACUGCGCCAGGCCAGGGAUAACACUAUAAUGGAUCUGCAGACACAGCUCAAAGAGGUGCUACGAGAAAAUGAUUUGUUGCGCAAGGAUGUGGAGGUGAAAGAAAGCAAGCUGAGCUCCUCCAUGAACAGCAUCAAGACUUUCUGGAGUCCCGAGCUAAAGAAGGAGAGAGCCUUGAGAAAAGAUGAAGCUUCCAAAAUCACCAUUUGGAAGGAGCAGUAUAGAGUGGUGCAGGAAGAAAACCAGCACAUGCAGAUGACGAUCCAGGCUCUCCAGGAUGAGCUUCGGAUCCAGCGGGACCUGAACCAGCUGUUCCAGCAGGACAGCAGCAGUAGAGCCAGUGAACCGUUUGUGGCAGAGCUGACAGAGGAGAACUUCCAACGGCUUCAUGCAGAGCAUGAGCGCCAGGCCAAGGAACUUUUCCUGCUGCGCAAAACCUUAGAAGAGAUGGAAUUGCGCAUUGAGACUCAGAAGCAGACCUUAAAUGCCCGUGAUGAAUCCAUCAAAAAGCUGCUGGAGAUGUUGCAGAGUAAAGGACUGUCUUCAAAAGCCACAGAGGAGGAUCAUGAGCGGACAAGACGGUUGGCUGAAGCAGAGAUGCAUGUCCACCACCUGGAGAGCCUGCUGGAACAGAAGGAGAAGGAAAACAAUAUGCUGAGAGAGGAGAUGCAUCGUCGGUUUGAAAAUGCCCCUGACUCAGCCAAGACAAAAGCUCUACAAACUGUUAUUGAGAUGAAGGACUCAAAAAUCUCCUCCAUGGAACGUGGCCUCCGUGACUUGGAAGAGGAGAUUCAGAUGCUGAAGUCAAAUGGAGCUCUAAGCACAGAAGAGCGUGAGGAGGAAAUGAAGCAAAUGGAGGUGUACCGUAGUCAUUCCAAAUUCAUGAAAAACAAGGUAGAGCAACUGAAGGAAGAGCUAAGUGCCAAAGAGGCUCAAGGGGAGGAGCUGAAAAAAAGAGUGGCUGGUCUCCAGGCCGAGAUUGGUCAGGUGAAACAGGAGCUGUCCCGCAAGGACACUGAGCUGCUGGCCUUGCAGACAAAACUGGAAACCCUCACAAACCAGUUCUCUGACAGCAAGCAGCAUAUCGAGGUGCUGAAAGAAUCUCUUACAGCUAAAGAACAGAGAGCCGCCAUCCUGCAGACAGAGGUGGAUGCACUACGAUUACGUCUGGAGGAAAAAGAGACCAUGCUGAAUAAGAAGACAAAGCAGAUCCAGGAGAUAGCCGAGGAGAAAGGGACUCAAGCAGGAGAAAUACAUGAUCUCAAGGACAUGCUGGAUGUGAAAGAACGCAAGGUCAACGUUCUUCAGAAGAAGAUUGAAAAUCUCCAGGAACAGUUAAGAGACAAGGAAAAACAGAUGAGCAGUUUGAAGGAUCGAGUAAAAUCCCUGCAGGCUGACACCACCAACACUGACACUGCCUUGACCACACUGGAAGAAGCACUUGCAGAGAAAGAGCGGACUAUUGAGCGCCUGAAGGAGCAACGGGACAGGGACGAGCGAGAAAAACAAGAGGAGAUUGACAACUAUAAAAAAGAUCUUAAGGACCUGAAAGAAAAAGUCAGCCUCUUGCAAGGAGAUCUCUCUGAGAAAGAGGCUUCCCUGUUGGAUCUGAAGGAACAUGCCUCAUCCCUGGCUUCUUCAGGACUGAAGAAGGAUUCCAGGCUCAAGACGCUGGAAAUUGCAUUGGAGCAGAAGAAGGAGGAGUGUCUGAAAAUGGAAACUCAGCUGAAGAAGGCUCAUGAAGCUACACUGGAGGCCAAGGCCAGCCCAGAGCUGAAUGACCGAUUCCAGCAGCUGGAGCGGGAGGUGGCAUUGUACCAGGAAGACACCAGUAAGGCUCAAGCUGAAGUGGAUCGUCUUCUGGAAAUCCUGAAGGAGAUGGAAAAUGAAAAGAAUGAUAAAGAUAAAAAGAUAGCAGAACUUGAGAGGCAAGUCAAAGACCAAAAUAAGAAGGUAGCAAAUCUGAAGCACAAAGAGCAAGUGGAGAAAAAGAAGAGUGCACAGAUGCUAGAAGAGGCCAGACGGAGGGAGGACAAUCUCAAUGACAGCUCCCAACAGCUUCAGGAUAACCUGCGUAAAAAGGAUGAUCGGAUUGAAGAAUUGGAAGAGGCGCUGAGAGAGAGUGUGCAGAUAACUGCAGAGCGGGAAAUGGUGCUAGCACAAGAGGAAUCAGCCAGGACUAAUGCUGAGAAACAGGUAGAGGAGUUGAUGAUGGCCAUGGAGAAAGUGAAGCAAGAGCUGGAGUCCAUGAAAGCAAAACUGUCCUCUACCCAGCAGUCUUUAGCUGAGAAGGAGACCCAUUUAACCAACCUACGAGCAGAGAGGAGGAAACAUUUGGAAGAGGUUCUGGAGAUGAAACAAGAAGCUCUUCUAGCUGCCAUCAGUGAAAAAGAUGCCAACAUUGCUCUGCUAGAGCUUUCAUCCUCUAAGAAGAAGACCCAAGAUGAAGUGGCUGCACUGAAGCGAGAGAAGGACCGUCUGGUGCAACAGCUCAAGCAACAGGAUGAUCAAUGAAACAAUGCUGUACAGAUUAAACCGAAAUUGGACAUAGCAAACUUGAGACAUCCAUUGCAUCAAUAAAACUGCAGGGAAACGUAGAGGAAAAUUUGAUGGCAUUAUAUCAUCACCUAAUGACGUGCUUGAAAAGUGAAUAUAUUCAAAUCUAUGUAAAAAUCAAAGACAGCACCAGGAUUAGUUUCAUGAAAAUGGUAGUGAAAUCCAAAAUAUCCACAAGGAAAAGAAAAUGCGUUUAAGUUUUGGCGAAACGACGAGUCCACAUCAAACAGAGACAAAUUCAAUUACCUGCAAACCAAGGCUCAAAGAUAGCUUCAUGUUCUACAGGGUAACUGAUUGAAAAAGACAGAAGAAAUACAGCAUUAUGCCAAUACUAACAACACAAAGUUAUUUUAUAACUCACUGAAGACCAUUUAUGGCCCAUCAAAUUUUGUGCCAGCUCCACUAAAGCGUUUAGAUAUAUUUACCUUAAUCAAGGACAAGAGAGGCAUCUGUGAAAGAUGGGCACAGCACUUUACUGAGCUACUCAGCCAUCUUUCUAUUGUCAACCCACAGGUGCAGAGGAACCCAGGACCCCCAGCAUGAAGAAAUUGUCUAGUUACCUACCUUUGAAAAAGUGCAAAAGCAAAUGAAGUCAGGUAAAUCACCAGGCAAAGACAACAUACCAGCGGAAAUCUUCAAACUUGCAGGCCCCAACACUGUCAACUAUCUAUAUGAAAUUAUUACGGCUGUCUGGGAAACUGAGAAAAGUCCUCAGGAUUUCAAAGAUACCUUUAUUUAUGUAAUCAUAAUUGUAACAAAUCUGACUGCAACAACUACCAGGUUUCCGCCCUCCUAUCUGUAGAUGGUAAAAUCCUUGCUUGUAUUUUGCUCAAUCAGCCUGUUGAAAUAGUAUCAGAGAAGUUUCUGCCAGAGAUCCAGUGUGGAUUUAGAUCAGUUUGGAGCAUCACAGACAUGAUUUUUGUUGAGAAACAGAUUCAGGAAAAAUUAAUUGAACAAAACAUGGAACUGUAUGCUGUCUUUAUUGAUCUUUAUUUAAAAAAAAAAAAACAUUUGACACUGAGCGGAAAUGGCCUCUGACAAUUCUAGAAAAGUUUGGAUGCCCCAUCAAAUUUGUUAACAUCAUACGUCAAGUCCACGAAGACAUGACUGGUCAAGUCCUCUCAGAUGAUGGCCUCUCUAAGCCAUUCCCCAUAUUUACUGGGGUGAAACAAGACUGUGUGCUGAGACAUUGGUCCUCUUUGGUCUCUUCUUUGCAACGGUUCUGAACUAUACAACUGACAACCUUCAAAAGGAUAUCCACAUAAGCUGCAGAACUGAUGGAUAACUCUUCAGAAGUCCUUGAGAAACUCAUAUGUGACGCCCUUUUUGCAGUUGAUUGUGCUCUAUUUAGUCAUAGUGAAAGUAACCUACAACUUAUCCUUGAUAGGUUCUCAGAGGCAACUAAACAGUUUGGACUCACUUUCAGCCUGGAAAAUCCUGAACUCCUGUUCCAACCAUUGUCAUCCGCCACUAUCACUGAACCAAACAUCACCUUUGAUGGUACAAAACUAAAGAAUAUCAAUCACUUUACAUACCUGGGCAAUACCAUCUCAAGUGACAGUUCCCUGGGUCAAGAAAAUGUCAAACAGAAUGCAAAAGACAAGCUAGGGUUUUGGAAGACUUUGCCAUAGGAUACUCAACCAGCACACCUUCAUACUGUUAACAAAACUGAUGAUAUACAAUGCAGCAAUGAUAGCAUCCCUUUUAUAUGGGUGUAAAACAUGGCAUACUGCAUACACACCGAGCAAUUUGAAAAAUUUCACAUGCAAUGUCUUUGCUCUAUUCUGAAGGUCUGCUGACAAAACAAAGUGUCAAACAUUAACAUCCUUGAAAGAGCAAAAACAACCAGCAUCGAGACAAUGAUUAUCACACCUCAUCCUAGGCGGACAAGUCAAGUUGUCAGAAAGGGUGAUUGGAGACUCCUGAAAAAAGUCCUUUGGCAAGCUGAAACUCAGAAAAUUCAGGAAGGGCAGUCAAUGUGAAUGCUUCAAAAACACCCUUAAGGAGACUCUCACCUUGUGAAUAUUGAUAACUUCAAAGACACAGCCAAGGGAAAACCUGAAUAUAGAGCAACUGUCAAUAAAAUUUGUAAACACUUUGACAAAGAUGCAAAAAACGAAUAGAAAAAAGGGCCAAGCAUGAUUGACAGUCUUCAUUGGGAGCCUAUAUUUUCCUGUGUGACAUCUGUUCGCAACCUUGCUCUUCAGGCUACAUAGCCACAAGAGAACACAAGAAAUGCCACAAUGCCAUACAGUAACAUUCAAUGCUGUGUCAACAUUUUUUCCUAUGGCAGCGAUUUACCUUCCUAUGGAAUUAAUACUUACUCUCGCUCCUUUGCCCACCUCCUUUCAGCAUUGCCCUUCUUCCUUUUAUAUUAUUAAAAUAAAACUGUGCACAAGUUAAAUUCUUGCUGCCACUGACUUCAGAUCCCUUCAAACCUACUCUCAAAGGAAUAUGCUGGCAAGCCAGGCAUGUCGUCUGUACUUCAACUAGCAGUCAAGUCUGUUAUUUGUUACAUUUCAGUAGUGAUUCCAUAGCUUUAGUUGAGGAGGCAGGUUCAUUACCUCACUGAGGUACUGAGGCUUAAUAAAUUGUUUGUAAAGUAAUUUUAUAUCUUCAGAUGAAAGACGUCAUAGAACUGCAAACUAUUAUUAGCUUUGUUUUCAGUUACUUGUAACUUUUUUUAAAAUAUAUUUUUUGGGCUGAAAUUUCCCAUGUUUGCUCUCAGCCCAAAGAAAAACUGUUUUGGUUUAUUACAGAUAUUGCUCUCAUUCAUUAAGAUUCAUGGCUGCAAUAUAAUUUUAGUACAGCAUUUUAAUUCUUCAAAGCCCCAUACAAAUACUAAUAAAUAAAAUAAUUCUUUACAACAUCCAGUGCUACUUAGAUAGCUAUAUAUAGCUUUUAUAACACCCAGUGCCUCUUCUAUAACAUUUCUUCAUCACAAAGCCCUUUCUAAAGUGAAGUGUAAGUAUCAUCAUCCCUACUCUACAGAUAGGGAAACUGAAGAUACACAAUGAAUCAGUGGAAGAGCCCAGAUUAGAACUCAGGAGUUCCUGUCUCCCACUCUGGUGCCACGGCCGUUAGACCACACAGCCUCUCAGCUAUAACCAUCUUACUGGUACUUGACAGCCCAAGAAAUUGUACCCUAAGAGGUCUGUAAUGGGAAAGAAUCUCAGAU